AUGACCAAGAAGCAGCGCGUACUCGUCAUCGUGGGGCUUGUGCUGUUGAUGUUGGUCGUGCUGCUCCUCAUCGGGUGGUUCGCCAUUAUCCCGGCCAGCAUCCGCCACUGCGCCAGCAGUGUGCAGAUGACGCUCAACUACAUGGACAUCGUGAACAUCCCGGACAACUCGACACUCACCGUGGAUCUGAGCUUGAACAUCCAGCACGACGUAGGCAUCGCUGCGACAACGGACAGCACGACAGUCUCUCUGCUCUUCAAUGGGGCCGUAUUCGCCACGCUUCCUUUCCCCGGACUCGAUAUCAAGACUGGAUCGCAGGACUACAACAUCACCAUUGACGCCGACAUGCCGAUCACAGACCAGAGCGUCUUCAACGCCAUGUCGGACGCCCUCAUGAACCAAGCUGAGAUCACGUUGACGGCCACCGCUUCGCUCGAUGCUCAUGCUUUGGGCAUGUCCUUCAAUGACCUCAGCUUCGAGCGAGAUCUCCCUCUCGAGGGCUUUACAGGAUUCAGCGACCCAGAGCCCGUGAUCGAGAACAUUGAGUUCACUACUUGCACCUCGUCCGAGUACCUGAUCAAUAUCAAUGUGACUCUGGACAACACGGCGCGCAUGGGGCUGGACGGCAUCGGAGCACUCAACAUGAGUGUGUAUUACGGCCAGGAGUAUCUCGGCUACGCGCUAUCGCAGAAGCCCGAGCUCGGCAUUCCUCGUGGCGUGAGUGACCAGUCCUACCUCAUUACUGUGGACACGAGCGCCGUCUCCAUUUCCAGUAUGGUGCUGUCUUCUUUGGCUGGUAGCACGCAGUUCUACAUCGUGGGAAACAACCCGUACGUUACGACGCAUGGCCAAUUCGUCGAGGCGCUCAGCAACGUCAACAUGAGCGUGCCAUCAAGCAGCGGAUCGCUCACCAACAUGAAUUUCGGCUCGUCCUGCAGUCUUGUGUCGCUACUUUCGUAG